AUGAAGAUAGACCUGAAAGUAUCUGAUCUCCAUCUUAAUAUUGUGGCGGGGGCCAUGAGCGUCGCCACGAUGUUUGGAUUGGUGACGGCGAGAUGGAUUUCUGAUCGGUAUGGCCGCCGCAAUAUGAUUGUGGUGGCGGGGGCUAUGUAUUUCGUUGGCCCCCUUGUCAUGGGUUUUGCCCGGAACUAUGCAGUUUUCUUGGUCGGCCAAGUCAUUGCCAAUUUGGGCGCCGGCUUCGCUAGCAUGAUUGCCCCCAUCAUUGGCAACCAGGUGGCCAAUCUGACCAGCUAUUACUUCUCCAAACACCGCCCCAGCCGCGAGUGGCGUUGGAUGCUUGACACGGAAGCCGUCCCCUCGGUGCUGCUUGUUUUUGGAAUUUUUGCCUUGCCGAAAUCUCCCCAGUGGCUCGUCAUGCGAGGUCGCUUGCGCGAUGCCAAGCGCAUCCUCGCCAAGACCUCCAGGUCGGAGGAGGAGGCUGCGCUCCGGUUUGCCGACAUCAAGAAGGCCGCCGGAAUACCCGAAGAGUUCGACGACGACGUCUACACGAUCGCCGACCGGGACACCGGAGUAUGGCGAGAUAUACUCCACCCGACCUGGUCUAUGGUCCAUAUGCUACUAUGUGCUGUUGGAAUCCGUGUCGUCCAACGGGCAUGUGGCAUGGACACCUUGGCGCUCUUUAGCCCAAAGGUUUUGGAGAUCAAGUUGGCAUCACCACGUCCGUCGGGAAGCUUCUUGCAAAUAUGGUGCUUGACAUAG